AUGGCGCAGGAUCGACAGUCAGGUCCCUUGCAGGACCGUCUCGAUCGGUUGCAGUUCAGGGCAGGACAAGACCGCCACAUUCAACGCAUGGUGGAACACUUCUCUCAAGAGAUCCCACCUUCUGAACUAGCCAUGUUCGCCAGAAUCCCGGGCCGGACUUCGACCUUGCCCACUCCGCCCUCGUCCGUGUCAUUGUCAAAGAACAGACAAGUGUCCCAGCAAACCCUGCCCGUUGCCAAAUCACCUCCAGAGGGUAUCAUUGUCAGAGGCUAUCGCUAUCCUGACUUGCCACACUCGACACUACCACACUUCCAGGAAGUUGAUGAUGCUGUCCCUCGUCUUGAUCCACCGCGGAGGACUUUGUCAUCCGCGAUUUCGCAAAUCCCAAACAAUACGCCAGUCGGGGCUAGAGAGCCACAGGGGUACAGUUCGCCCAUUGCCGUGGCAGGAUCAAGUUCGACAGCGUCACUCGAUCGAUCUAGCCCCUUGGUGAGAUCCAGAACACACCAGGAUCCCGAACUACAUCGACCGGAGCCCAUUCAGGGGCCUCGCCAGUCACCCUUCUUCUCCUCCUCGCCCAAAGGAAACCCGGAAGUUGGUCAUCGACAUCAACUGCUACCCGCCACCGAUCUCUUAGAUGCCACGCCAGUUGCUCACGGCAUCCGACUGGUCAACCCCAAGCAGGCUCUCUCGGACAAAUGCCGGCAACUUUUCCCUUACCCGCUGCUCAACGCUGUUCAGUCAAAAUGCUUUCCUUCGAUCUAUGAAUCCAACGACAACAUGGUAGUCUCCGCGCCGACUGGAAGCGGCAAGACGGUGAUUCUCGAGUUGGCGAUUUGCAGACUCGUGAGCAGCAGUGACAACCACAAUUACAAGAUCGUCUAUCAAGCUCCUACCAAAGCUUUAUGCUCCGAGCGAGCAAAAGACUGGGAGAAGAAAUUUAAUCACAUGGGUCUUCAGGUGGCUGAACUCACGGGCGAUACAUCGCAAGCCGAAAUGCGACGCGUUGGUAGUGCCUCGAUCAUCAUCACUACCCCUGAGAAGUGGGACUCUAUCACGAGAAAGUGGCAAGACUACAAGAAGCUCCUAGAGCUGGUCAAGCUCUUCCUCAUCGAUGAAGUCCACAUUCUGAAAGAUAUCCGUGGCUCUACUUUGGAGGCCAUCGUGUCUCGCAUGAAGACCAUCGGCACGAGCGUUCGUUUCGUGGCCCUGAGCGCUACUGUCCCCAACUCAGAGGACAUCGCCAGGUGGUUAGGCCGCGAUCACCUUCACCCCGAGGAGCCGGCACGGCACGAAACCUUUGGCGAAGAGCUCCGCCCUGUCAAGCUUCAGAAGUUUGUGUACGCGUACAAUUGUCCAGGCAACGAACACAGCUUUGACAAAUUCCUCGAUGCCAAGCUUCCGAGCCUGUUGACGCAGCAUUCGCAAGGCAAGCCAACAUUGGUCUUUUGUUACACACGCAAAUCUUGCGAGGGAACUGCUCGGAUGCUUGGAGAGCUUUGGGCUCUCGCAAAGCCCCAAGACAAGGCGUGGCCGGCUCCAUCGAAACGCAUUCCCGUCGUCAGCCAGGCAUUGCAGGAAAUUGUUUGCCACGGUGUCGCUUUCCAUCAUGCCGGCUUGGACCUUCAAGAUCGGCUUUCCAUUGAACAGAACUUCAUUGACGGUAAACUCACUGUGGUGUGCUGCACUUCAACUCUCGCUGUGGGUGUCAAUUUGCCUUGCCACACAGUAGUCCUCAAGGGUACUUCAAUAUAUCAGGACAACAGCUUGACUGAGCUCUCGGACCUUGAGGUCAUGCAGAUGCUGGGACGUGCAGGGCGACCGCAGUAUGAUACCAGUGCGAUUGGAGUCAUUCUCACCACGACUCAAAACAAGACGCGGUACGAGCUCAUGGCGUCAGGCCAACAAAUUCUGGAGAGCACUUUGCAUCUCAAUCUCAUCGAGCACCUGAAUUCCGAAAUCGUCCUCCGCACUAUUAAUGACCUGGAAUCGGCCAAAAAGUGGCUGGCGGGAACGUUCCUCAGUGUCCGACUCAGGAAGAACCCAGCACAUUAUCGCCUAACCAACCCUUCCACGCGAUCCCAGCCUAUCGAAGACACCUUGAGCGAGAUAUGUGAGAGAGAUAUUGACCUUUUGCAGGAUGCAGAGCUUGUGACGAAGGGCACACACUUCAGGAGCACUGACUAUGGCCGUGCCAUGUCAACUUACAUGGUCAAGUUUGAGACAGUGAAGCUGCUUCUUGACAUCCCUCGUGGCGUGCAGAUGGAAGAGCUGCUCAGUAAUCUCUGUCAACUGCCCGAACUUCGCGAUGUCCGCCUGAGGCCCACCGAGAGGGCCGCCUUUCGCGAGUUGAACCGAUCGCCCUUCAUCCUGUAUCCGCUCAGGGAGAAUGUCGUGCAGAACUGGCACAAGGUGUCUCUGUUAGUUCAGAUGAAUCUUGGCGGCGUCGAAAUGCCCAACGAGAAAGAAAGUGGAGGGCUGAGACGACAGCUUGCGAUGGAUAAGCGAAUGGCAUUUGAGGCGCUACAGCGUCUAGUUCGUUGUUUGGUCGAGUUCAAAGCCGCCGACCUAGAUGCAAUCGGUGUGAAUACGGGCCUGAAACUGGCGAGAGCACUUGCAGCUUGCUCGUGGGACGAUCGACCGACGACAUUGUUGCAAAUUUCUGGUAUCGGACCAGUAGGCAUGAGGAAGCUGGUCAGCCACGAUGUGAGGACCGUUCAGCAACUAGCGGAACUCGACUACAUGGAGAUCGAGCGACUUUUCAGCCGGAACCCACCCUUCGGAAAGACAAUGCAAGAAAUGCUGGAGAACUUUCCCCGCCUGACUUUGGAUGUGGCAGUCGAGCAGAGUCGACCUCACCGCACCAAGGCAAAGUGCACCACAGUCAAAGUCAAAGCCAUUCUUGGAAUGGCAAAUCAGAAACGAUUAGGUGAUUGGCAGUCACGACUUCAGGGAUUGACAUUCACGGCUGAGACUGGAGAUGGGACCUUGGCCUACUUGUGGCGUGGAUCGUUGAACAGGUCGUUCAAAGAUGCGGGCAAGAGAAUACAAUUUGGAGCGGAUCUAGAAGGCUCCAACGAGCUCAUUUGUCACUUCUCCUGCGAAGAAAUUGUUGGGACCCUCGUGUCAAAGAGGCUCAAAAUUGAUGGUCCAGCACCGCGAGCGAUAGCUGGAUCUCCCUCUGAGGAUCUUGUUGACGAGACGAUACAGUUCCCAGAUAUUGACGAACUGCUUGGGAAGGAGCCUCUGGAGAGGCCUCCAGCUUCGAAACCGGUACAAGAAUCAGAGGAUGAAUUCGAUGAUGAGCCAGUGAAGCUGCCCAACGGAAAGUGGCAAUGCAACCACGCCUGCAGUGGCUCAGUGACGACGAGAUCUGGGAAGCCGUGUUCUCACAAAUGCUGCCGGGAAGGACUAGAUAAGCCUCGCAAGCGCAAAAAGACUUCCGGCGGAUCCAAGUCUCACGAGGAUAUCGAUGCCGUGGCCCGAGAUGUUCUCCGCCCUUCGCAGCUAUCCCAUCCCGCCAUUCAAGGAAGUGUUCACGAACAGAAACGACGUCGGCUGUAUCUGUCAGACGAUGAAAUAUCCACCUCGACAACAUCGUCAAAGGUACCCAAGGUCAGGGCGAAGCCAAGAACAAACUCUAACGACCGCAUGGUGGAGUGCAUUGAUCUGUCAAACAUUGACGAAGAUGAGGUGGCAUGCUUCGCAAAUGCAAAAGGUGCACCAGAGGUUACCACUGACGAGUCACUCCCUCCAGUCGGAGGCCAAAGUCUGGGAAAGUCUUCGGGAACUGCAAACCUUAGCAGUGACCUCUUCGUUAGCGACGUCUUCGAGGAAGUCGAGUUUGACGAGUUUCUAAAUCUGCCUAGCCAGUCAUCGGCAGGUGACGAGCAGCAGCCCACAGCGGCAGAGACUGAUGAAUCGGUACACUGUGAUGCCAUUGCUGAUCCCAUCCAGGACGAUAGUCUUGAAUACACACCGGCCGAGCCUCUGCAUGAUUCAGGCAAUCCACGUCUUCUCAACAUGGAACAAAGUACCAUGGAUGAGAAGGGGGCUCACCACAUCAUUCCGGGCGGGGAGCAAUUCCCUCUGCAAAAGGCCGGGCUCUCUAACAGGAUUCAGGGCGAGGGCGGGAGAUGCUCUACGAGAGGACAAGUCAAGGAACCAGCCUGGGUACAAAACUUUGACCCAGAACUCAUAAACUUCUUCCGGGGCCAUGUCAACUUCAUUUGA